CCCAGCAACAACCUUACCGUUAGUUGCACCUUCCCUAGUCACACUCACAUUCCGCUGGUGCACCCGCCGCACCGAUCUCAAACCUCUUAUAAUUCAACUGCUUUGUUUCUCUUCACUGCUCUUUAAUGGCUGCCCAAUGUUUCUCACUUUAAAAGAGCCCGCCAAAUUUUCCAUCUUGCUCCGUUGCUGCGUACAAUCCCAACCGCAUUCAAGUUUCCAUGGCCAAAUCUACUCCACCGAAAAGCUUCUCUCUCUCGACGAGAUACAAAGAGGAGGGGGAAAACGAUGUGGAGGAGGGCAAGUGUGCCUGCCUGGUGAUGGUUCUCUGCCCUUGUCUCGUUUGUUUCAUUCUUCUCCUCAUAGUAGUCUUUAUAAUUCUUAUUGUCAAGUUCCAUUUAUUUUGCCACACUCCUCUUCGCUCUCUUGUCUUCAAGAAAAUUUGUCACUAGUUACAAACUCCAGAAGCAUUAAUAAUUCUGAAACCUCAGUAUUGCCGAGUGUUUAUGCACAUGGAAAAGUUACUGGGUUAGCUGCUAGGGGUUUUUCUUGCUUCACCGGCGCUGGAGCAGAUUCCGAUGCUGAAGUUGAUGAAAAUAGUGACAGUGAUAACUGUGGUAACGAUAAUGAAGCUGCAGGUGUCAAGGCGAGUGCAGAUCCUGUGGAGGUCGAUAGGGUAUGCAAGGUGAUCGAUGAAUUGUUUGCCUUGGAUCGCAACAUGGAGGCAGUUCUUGAUGAAUGUGGAAUCAAUUUAUCGCAUGAUCUAGUGAUAGACUUACUGAGAAGAUUCCGUCAUGCUAGAAAACCUGCAUUCCGGUUCUUCUGUUGGGCUGGGAAAAAGCAAGGUUUUGCCCAUGAUUCGAGGACAUACAACUCGAUGAUGAGUAUACUUGCAAAGACUAGACAGUUUGAGACUAUGGUUUCGAUGCUCGAAGAAAUGGGGGAGAAAGGGCUUUUGACAAUGGACACAUUUUCAAUUGCAAUGAGAGCUUUCGCUGUUGCCAAGGAGCGGAAAAAGGCUGUUGGGAUAUUUGAGUUAAUGAAGAAGCACAAAUAUAAAGUGGGUGUUGAGACUAUCAAUUCUCUGCUUGAUAGUCUUGGGAGGGCCAAGCUUGGAAAAGAAGCGCAGAUCCUUUUUGGAAAGUUAGAAGGCAGGUUUACACCAAAUUUGAGGACUUAUACAGUGUUGCUUAACGGUUGGUGCAGGGUGAAGAAUUUGAUGGAGGCUGGAAGAGUUUGGAAUGAGAUGAUUGAUAAGGGGCUUAAGCCUGACAUUGUUGCAUAUAAUACUAUGCUUGAAGGUUUAUUAAGGAGUAAGAAGAGGUCUGAUGCGAUUAAAUUGCUUAUGGUCAUGAAGGCCAAGGGCCCAUCACCUGAUGUUCGGAGCUAUACAAUUUUGAUUCGGGAUCUAUGCAAGCAUUCAAAGAUGAAAGAGGCAAUUGAAUAUUUUGAUGAGAUGGUUGAUUCUGGCUGCAAGCCAGAUGCUGCAGUUUACACAUGCUUGAUCACGGGGUUUGGGAAUCAGAAGAGGAUGGAUAUGGUUCAUGACUUGUUGAAGGAGAUGAAAGAAAAGGGUUGCCCCCCUGACGGCCAGACCUAUAAUGCCCUUAUCAAGUUGAUGACCAGUCGAAAAAUGCCAGAUAAUGCUGUGGGAAUAUACAAGAAGAUGAUUCAGAGUGGAAUUGAACCUUCAAUUCACACUUACAACAUGAUCAUGAAAUCCUUUUUUCAGACAAGGAACUGUGAAAUGGGUCAAGUGGUUUGGGAUGAGAUGAUCAGGAAGGGGUGUUGCCCUGACGAUAACUCCUACAUUGUUCUCAUUGGAGGGCUAAUAAGCCAGGGAAGAUCAGGCGAAGCUUGUAAAUACUUGGAGGAGAUGUUAGAGAAAGGAAUGAAAGCUCCCCAGCUUGACUACAACAAGUUCGCAUGUGAUUUGUCCAGAUCUGGGAAGCCCGAUAUGCUUGAGGAGUUGGCCCAAAAGAUGAAGUUCUCUGCCAAGUUUGAAACUUCCAAUGUUCUUGCUAGUUGGGCUGAGAUGAUGAAGAGGAGGGUUAAGAGAAGGGAUUUGGGUUAAUAGACACAGCAAGCCAACUUGUUGAGGACCAACAGUACAAAGGUCAAAAGAUUGCAUUUAGGUGGUCGUUUUGAAGUGGAUGUAUGAUGCGUGUUGUAUAUUCUCUUAGUUAUUGCAUCCUGUACUUAUCCCACCAUUCUGUUCUAAUUUUACUUAUUUUUCGCUUUUGUGUUGUAUAUUUUCCUCUUUGAUUUAUAUUUCAGUUUGUUCCUUCUUC